AUGGAGCUUUUAGUGCUAACGGGGGCUCUUAGCUUCGUGACAAUGUUAACUCUCUUCUUGCUCUUGAAACUAACGUUUUGUUGGUGGAUUUUGCCCAUCCAAACACAUCAAAAGCUUAAAAGAUGUGGGUUUGGAGGACCAACCCCAAGUUUUCCAAUUGGAAACAUUCAAGAGAUGAAAAUGAAGAAUAGCGUUAAUGCUUCACUCGGGUACUCAAAACUCACCCAUGAUAUACAUUCCACCGUCUUUCCCUACUUUUCUCGGUGGCAAAUUUCUCAUGGUAAGGUGUUUAUCUACUGGCUGGGAACGGAACCAUUUUUGUACGUUGCAGACCCAGAGUUCUUGAAGAAAAUGUCAACAGAGGUGAUAGCAAAGAGAUGGGGGAAACCUAGUGUGUUUAGAAAUGACAGAGACCCCAUGUUUGGGAGUGGUUUGGUCAUGGUCGAGGGUAACGAUUGGGUUCGUCACCGUCACAUUAUUGCCCCUGCAUUCAAUCCCCUUAACUUGAAGGCCAUGGGAAGCAUGAUGGUUGAGUCUACAAACCAAAUGAUAGAAAGAUGGGCUACGCAAAUAAAUUCAGGAAACCCCGAAAUCGACGUGGAGAGAGAGAUUAUAGCAACAGCUGGAGAGAUCAUAGCAAGAGCAAGUUUUGGCAUGAAAGAUGAAAUUGCUAGAGAGGUGUUUCACAAAUUACGAGCAUUGCAAAUGACUCUUUUUAAGACCAAUAGGUAUGUAGGGGUUCCCUUUGGCAAGUAUUUCAAUGUCAAGAAAACCCUAGAGGCCAAGAAACUUGGCAAAGAAAUCGAUGAGCUAUUGUUGUCCAUCAUAGAAACUCGGAAGAAAUCACCCAAAAAGGGUUCUCAACAAGAUUUAUUAGGUUUGUUGCUUCAAGAAAAUCAUCAACAAGUUGAUGGCAAAUCAGGAAAGACAUUAACAAGGCGAGAACUGGUUGAUGAAUGCAAGACCUUCUUCUUUGGUGGCCAUGAAACCACAGCACUUGCUAUCACAUGGACUUUGCUUCUUCUAGCCAUGCAUGAAGAUUGGCAAAACCAGUUGAGAGAUGAAAUAAGAGAAGUCGUUGGUAACAACGAGCUUGAUAUCACUAUGCUUUCUGAUUUAAAGAAGAUGAAGUGGGUGAUGAAUGAAGUUCUAAGACUAUACCCACCAGCACCGAAUGUGCAAAGGCAAGCAAGAGAAGACAUUAAAGUUGAUGAUUUAACAGUGCCUAAUGGAACCAACUUGUGGAUCGAUCUCGUAGCAAUGCACCAUGACCCUGCAUUGUGGGGAAAGGAUGUGAAUGAGUUUAGACCAGAGAGGUUCAUGGAUGAUGUCGAUGGUGGGUGCAACCACAAGAUGGGGUACUUACCUUUUGGGUUUGGAGGGAGAAUGUGUGUUGGUAGGAACUUGUCCUUUAUGGAGUAUAAGAUUGUAUUAACCCUACUCCUCUCUAGGUUUAGUUUCAAACUUUCACCAGGUUAUCAACAUUCUCCUUCUAUCAUGCUCUCCCUAAGACCAACAUGUGGUCUUCCCCUCAUAGUUCAGCCCCUUUAA